GGAAACCUUUCUGUGACUUUAUGGAGCCAAAAUUUGAAUUUGCUGUCAAAUUCAAUGCACUGGAAUUAGACGACAGCGACUUGGCAAUAUUUAUAGCUGUCAUUAUUCUCAGUGGAGAUCGCCCUGGAUUACUGAAUGUGAAGCCUAUUGAAGAUAUUCAAGAUAGUUUGCUGCAAUCACUAGAACUCCAAUUAAAGCUGAAUCACCCAGAAUCAUCACAGCUGUUUGCAAAAUUGUUGCAGAAAAUGACAGACCUCAGACAGAUUGUAACAGAACAUGUGCAGCUGUUGCAAAUUAUAAAGAAGACGGAGACAGAUAUGAGCCUUCAUCCACUCCUACAAGAAAUUUACAAGGAUUUGUAUUAAGGGUCAUCAGAUUUCUAAUUCAUUUACCUAAGUACGUUCAUCAAAUUGCACUAUUUCUUUAAGAGGGAAAAUAUUACAUACCUAAGAAAUUACUGUGAA